GUGGGACAGACUCCAUUCCUGAUCGAAAAUCUUUCGUUCAGUGACUAGGCUUCCUUUGUGGCCAUCAUGCAGAACAAGCCGGAAGAAUUAGAGAGCAAUAUCGCUGAGGUCUGCAGAAAGUCAGCAAUCGAAAAUAAAGAGCUGAACCUCAUCAUUGCCAAGGCAGAGAAGACCAUCCUCGAGCUGCACGGCUACGAUGCUUCACACCUCGACUCUGCUGGACAGAUCUCCAUCGCAGAAAGGAACGAAACUUUCACCAACGCAUACAUUAACCGCAUGUCCCUCUCUCAGGUCGAGCUAGACUACCUCAAGAAGAAAGAGGCGGAACGUAGAAACAACGCGCACACAGAGAUCACUCCGAUCACUGCAAACGCUGGUCACAAGUUCGGCCAGAACAGUCAUUUCCUGCCGCUAGCCUCCAACUGCUGGACUGAGAAAGCGGUACAACGAGUGCACAACCGCCUAUGGAAACUUGACACCUUCAAUUAUGCAGCACCUAUCAGCGUGGAGGCUUACAUGGCUCUAGCAGGACUUACUGAGGCAGAUAUAGACAACUGUCGUACGACGGCAAGGAAUGGCACCAUCCAUUUCCCUCCGACAAGAGGUGGAUUAGAUGCUGACUUCCCUCCCAUCGCAAGCCUCGAGAAGGGAAGAUGCCCAAGAAAACCUCUGCUCCAUCAGAAAGGCAUCUUAAAGUUCCCUGCGGACUUGUCCGAGCUCAAGAAGCUUUGGAACGCCGGAAGACCUUACCUCAAGUGUACCUGCCUCAGCUGCGAAGGUAACUUUAUAUGGUUCGACCACAUGAUCUGGUAUGUCAUCGGCAACCUGGACAAGGUUGAUCCACACGCACCGUCUAACAAGAUCCGGAUGCUCGAAUUCCAAGCUCUCCUGCAGACCUCAUGGAGGAAACCUAUCAUGGUGCAAAUCUCCUUCAUGUUUAUGCGGGAAUACAUGAUCAAGAUCGUCCACUUGAUCACCCAGAACAGAACCAUCACCGCUGAAGAAAUCCUCAACUACGAAGAUUUCAGAAAUGUACCUUUCGUCCACAAAUUUACUGCUGCCAUUCUACCUGGUGCUGAGGGACUCAUGGCACAACCAGCGAACAGGCACAGCUGCCCCGACUUUGAAGGGAACUCACUGAGAAGGUGCCGACAAAUGAGACUGGGCACUGCCUCUGUACCCAUAUCUUCGCUCACUCCCACAACUCCAUCAGCCACAAACCCACCACUACAGCAUGCACACUCUGGCAAUCCAACUGCUGAACCCUGCAUCACCGCCCCCACCUCUGCGCAACCAAAUAUCAUCGCACCUUCUCAGGCCACACACACUCACGCAACUGUCACUCCUCAGGUCCACACCUCCACAACACCCACCACCCAACAACACGAACCUAACAGGACACCGCAACCACUCACAACCACAACCACGCCAGCUGCAAACCACAACACUCCAACUGCUGCCACAACACACUCCGCACAAAUCCCUCAUACCAGCAACACGCCGAUUCUGAACCGCAACGCUACACCCGUACCUAAGAUUCCGCUUGUCAACAACACUGACAGAACAAGAGUUUAUGUCUUUGCAACUGCUCAACUCACAAGCAAUGCCUUUGCCACCACCGCAGCACAGUUGGGAACUCGACACCCACUGACCGUCGCCAACGCCGCCGUAAGAAUUGAUACCUCUGCGCUGCACUCGGCACAAGCAAACCGCAAUGUCUUCAACCACAACAGCACUCCCCACGGAGCAAUAGCAGGCCCCUCUCUUACGGAAGCAGAAAGGCUGGCGCGCAGGCGCGAGCAACUGCUGAGUAUUGCUAUGAAUCCACUUCCUGAGCCCAAAAGAGCCAAGACCAGAAGAGGCAGGAAAACUCAAAGACUAACGGUAAUUCAAGAAGGGGUGCAGACAAGAAGGCAAAUAAGGAGGAAGAUUGCGCAAUAUGAUGGGCAGCAACCAGACAUCCAGGACGUACUCAUGGCACAACAGCAACUGCAGACGAUAGUAUUGGCGCAACAGCAGAAGCAUACGCUAGAGCAGGCGUGCGCAACCAGCAGCAGACGGCUCAUCAGCCGUCCCGGACAAUCGGAAGGCAACCAAGUAUGGGCGCCACAUGCAGAACAGAUCAUGCAACAAUGGACUCUUCCAGGUGCAACUACAGUGCUCCCCUCCACCAGACAGGAGAUCGCUGAGAACCAAGACGUAAUCCAGAUCAGCAGCAGUGACGUCAAUGAUGAAGAAAGGAGGCAACCCCCGAUCACGAUCAUCUCGCCUUCACCCGGCACCCCGAUACGUCCAGUAUCCGCCAUUGAUGCGCUCAGAAUGAACUAUGGAGCUAGCAGCGCUGAAUCCUCCCUGCUCCACACCAGCAGCGAAAACACAACCGACCUGACGGAGUCGCAAUCGUCUGAGGAGUUUUGGAAACGAGUCUGCAGAAGGCUCAACCCAGACUAUCACUGCAGUUUUGCCAACAUUACCAGGGGCUAAGUUGUUACAGAACCAGCUUGACCUGCUUGGUGCAUUGCUUAAUAUAAGAGGUUAUGAGUAGACAAUGUGUUGCGAAGGUAGCAGCGUGAGACUUCUUACUCACUUAUACGAUGUGUUGCGAAGGUAGCUGCACAAAUCUUUUUCUGCUCCAUAACAGUAGUCAGAACAACGCGGUCCGUGAGCUACAGAGGACUUUACUCAGACUCUAGAUUUUUCCAGUUCUUCUAGAUGCUAAGAUAGAAAAUUCGCUAACUUUCUUUGGUCUUAAGUUAUCUCUGAUUGAUUUGGUUUAAAGCUCCAUACCUUAGUUAAUAGGCUGCUACCAAUAAGAUAGGCUAAACCCGAUCAGUUUAGCAGACUCAUUCUGAAUCAAACUGCUGGGGUCCU